AUGACUAUGCUUCCUAUGAUGUUAACAGACAUCGACGGAAUGCUUGCUACCGGCUCAAACACAAGUGUCUUUCGGCCAUUCGUGUAUAACAUCCAGAAAUCCAAUGGACUCAUGCUUCAUAACCCAAACAUCGGCUGGACCUCAACUGCGACAGACCUCGGCUUCGAAGCUCCAACAGAAUACAAAGACCCAAACAUAAUCUGCCACCGAAACGGCGUAAAUGCUGCCCUCAGCGCCACAGUAACCGCGGGCUCAGACAUCGAACUCCAAUGGACGACCUGGCCAGAUUCGCACCAUGGGCCUGUGGUCACCUACCUGGCAGCAUGCACGAACAACGAUUGCAGCACGGUCGACAAGACCACACUGAAGUUCUUCAAGAUUGCCGAAAGGGGUCUUGUAGAUAAUUCCGCUGUGCCGGGGACUUGGGCUACCGAUGAGCUUAUUGCGGCUGGGAAUCGCUGGACUGUGACUAUUCCUUCGACUAUUGCUUCUGGUAAUUAUGUUAUGCGGCAUGAGAUUAUUGCGCUCCAUUCGGCGGGGCAGUUGGACGGGGCGCAGAAUUAUCCGCAGUGUAUCAAUCUGCAGGUUACAGGUGGUGGCAGUGAUGUGCCUGCUGGUACACUUGGUGAGGCGCUGUAUACCGAGACCGAUCCUGGGAUUUUGAUUAGCAUUUAUCAAACGUUGAGUGCGUAUGUUAUUCCUGGUCCGGCUUUGUACUCCGCUUGA